AUGGUCCCUCAUCAAAACGUGAUUUCAUUCGCUUGUUUUCACUGCCUGCAUCCUCAAGGGUCAUCAGGCACUUUUCGUCAGGGUCAAAUACCUACAUCAAUACAGAACACCGGGCUCCCAGGUCAAAACCGUCAAACAGUUCGGUACGGGACGGAUAAACUCCCUUGCCCGAACCAUGAAAUGCCUAGGGAACAAAUUCUAGACUCCACAAUCCAAACAAUCUCAUCCCAUGUCUCCAUGUCUAAAAGGCCCAAACCGUUACAAAACGCCUAG